ACAUGCACCGUAUGUGCUACGCCCCUCACUGCUGGUGUUGGGGAAGAAGAGUGUCUGGUCUUUACAUCACUGCAACGUGCUGUUAACCAAGACAUGCGCCGGUAUUUGCUACGCCCCUCACUGCUGGUGUUGGGGAAGAAGAGUGUCUGGUCUCUACAUCACUGUAACUCGCAUAUGGCUUAG